AUGAAGCAAACAGCCAGAGCAAGCACGCGCAAUCUGCAACUGCGUCAGGAUCUAAUGAUCCAGAUGUUGAUGUAUCAUCAAGCAGUUCUGCAGAGGAGACUUUGCGAAAGGCUCAAAAAUUGGGACAUGGCUAGAGAGAUUGCACUAAUGCAAUUGAUCUACAAUUGUUGCCCUUUUGCCAAUAAUCAUGGCAACAAGUCCUUGGCAUGGAAUGAGAUUACAGCCAACAUAAACAGUAUUAAGCAAACUCAUCUGCACCCACUUACAGCAAAGGAUGCCAGAGCAAGAAAGAAUUUGCUGUUCAAGAAGUUGAAUCUGGUCGUCAACAAAGACAAUGAGAGAUUCUUGCCUGUGUCCAACCCACACAUUCCAGAGAACCUCCAAAGACUGGUAUACGAUGUAUACACAGCCAUAUCCAUUGCAACAUAUGGCCGGGAAAACUUAAGCAGUGAUGACAACAGCUCUGACUCUGUCUCUGACUCUGACUCUGACAUCUCUUAUGGCAGAAAAAAUUCCCAAUCUGCAAGCACAACCAACGAGUCUGUGAGCCUUUUGAAGCAACAGUUGGACAUUCUUCAACAACAACAGCACACCAACAAUCUUGUACUGGAGGAGUUGAAGAAAAUAAGUUGGUCAAAUGCAGUUCUUGCUGAAUCAAAUCAGGCAAUUGCUGAUUCGAAUAAGGCUAUUGCCAAAUCUAAUUCAGCUCUUGCUAAAUCUCUUUCAACAAUUGCUGACUCUAUUUCUGCCUUUGUUGAAUCUUAUAAAAAUAACAAGUAA